GGGGCUCACCAUGGAAUAGUCAGAGGCCGGAGGAGGACCGCAGCGCUUACAGCAGAGGGGGCGGGGCUUAACUCCGGGAGCUUCUAAACGAGCGUUAGGGGGCGGGGUAUAGCCCACCCAGCAGAGUACCGGCCGUAUCUCCGGUGGUUUUGGUCAAAGCGCUGAGCGGAAAUCGGGCGCGGGUCGUCUUGCGUCAAUAAUAGGAGCACCAUGGCAGAUACUGAAAUCACAGCGGAUUCCAGAUCCACCAAAAGUGCAGGACUAAAGAUCUUCCAUGGUAGCAAGUCAGCAGAGUCUGGACUGUCAUCAGAAAGCUACAAAAUGGAUUAUCCAGAAAUGGGGUUAUGUGUCAUAAUCAAUAAUAAAAAUUUUCACCCAAACACUGGGAUGUCAUUUCGUUCUGGUACAGAUGUAGAUGCAGCACACCUCAGGGAUACGUUCAAGACCUUGAAAUAUGAAGUCAGGAAUAAAAAUGAUCUGACAUGUAAAGAAAUAAUUGAAUUAAUGUACAAUGUUUCUAAAGAAGAUCACAGCCAAAGGAGCAGUUUUGUUUGCGUGAUCCUAAGUCAUGGUGAAGAAGGAAUCAUCUUUGGGACAGAUGGAUCUGUUGAACUGAAAAGAUUAACAUGUUUCUUUAAAGGGGAUAAAUGUAGAAGUCUAACAGGAAAACCAAAGCUUUUUAUUAUUCAGGCAUGUAGAGGCACAGAGUUGGAUUAUGGUGUUGAGACAGACAGUGGCACUGAUGAUGAUGUAACAUGCCAGAAAAUACCUGUUGAGGCAGACUUCUUAUAUGCAUAUUCUACAGCCCCAGGCUACUAUUCUUGGAGAAAUUCAAAGGAUGGUUCGUGGUUUAUCCAAUCACUUUGUGCAGUGCUGAAACAGUAUGCUGACAAGCUUGAAAUUAUGCAGAUCCUUACCAGAGUCAAUCGAAAAGUCGCCACCGAGUUUGAAUCUUAUUCCUUAGACAUUACCUUCCAUGCAAAGAAGCAGGUGCCAUGUAUUAUAUCCAUGCUUACUAAGGAACUAUAUCUUUUCCCCUAAGAAAAUCUCUGCAUUUUAAUUUGUAUGCCAAACCAGUGAAUGAUAGGUCUGAGGACUGCAUUUCCUUGGUAACUGCACACCUUGAACCUAAUACAGUAUGGCGGUGGAUGGGGUUUGGAGGUUUCAGAGAGAAUCACCAUUUCUCCAUUUAAUGGAACCAAUCCAUUGCUACCUCAAAUUCAGGUAGUUGAAAUGGAAGGCAUAAUUAGGGGUUAUAUAUUGACUUGUAAAGAAAAACAAAUCAAUAUUGGCAUUUGUUAUAAGAAGAAACUACUGUAUCUUCAAAACUUUAACUGUAAUUAGAGAUUUAGGGAACAGAACACUUCUUACUGAUAAACGAUCAUGGAUUUUGAAGGGGUUAUUGAAAAAUGAACACAUUUUUAGAGUAUGUUUUUAUUUAAUUAUGAAAGGUAGCAUGGCAUAGUGGGUAAAGGAUGGCCCUGGGGUCAGGAAGGCCUGGUUUGCGGCUUUGCCUGAGAUAAUGUUACCCUGGCAAGUCACUGCACGUCUCAGUGCCCCAGGGAAUGAAGACUGUAGACUGGCUUUAGAUCAGCAUAAGUGGAGUUUCCAUUCUGGGAGUUCCUUCUAGUAGGUGAGCUCCAUCAUCCUGACUCAAAUUUUUUAAACUGCAUUUUUAAGUAUGCUUUCAGUUUUUGUCAAAUGACAAAUAAUGCAUGAUGAUGCUUUCUGGACCUCUGCCAGAAUCAUGGUAUUGCUAGAGACUAGCAGUGGUGGUAGGCUUUUACUUGUAAAAUUCACAUUUGCAAAUAAAUAAGGGAGAUAGAUGAAGUUUUUUUAAACAUUCACAUUAAAAUUCCAUUCUUAGUUUCUGAACACACAAGGGGCAUGGGGCUAGGGUUUUUAUAUCUAUCAAGUAACACUCAUUUGACUGUUAAAUUUAGAAACCAGAAUUCUAUUUGGGCAAAAAUGUGGGUGAACUCAGGUGUUAUCUAUGAGCCAUACUCAUUCACCAAGAGCAAACAGGAUUCAUUCCCAAGGUGCUGAAAUGCCGCUUGUUCACCAGCAUAAGAAGGGUGCUUGUGCUCACACUGAUCAGAUGGGCUGGCUGUCAGCCAGCAGAAAGGCAUCUAAUGACCGACUGACUCAAGCAGCACAAAUGAAAGAGAUGGUAGGGAUUCAACUUGAAGCAACAUCAUAUGGACAGAGUAGUUUUGAAAACUGACCAGUGACCUAAUCAGCAGCAUCUUGGCACACAACAGUCAAUGAGGGUGUGGGAUGCUUACUUGCAUGGAGACAAAAUGGACCCAACGGGAAGGAGGCAGAAAGAAGUCCAGACUAGAUCUUCAGGCCAGUGGAUGAAUGGAAAGAAUGGUUCUGCUCACAGCUUCUGCAAGUCAUCAGUCUUCAUAGACAAAGAACAAACCAAAUGGACACAAGGUCAAAAUUUUCCAAAGAUGGCUCAGGACCUAUUGGAGUUCUCUAAUGAAAAAUAUCUCUGCAUGUUGAAUUGUAAUCAUAAGAAAAUAGCAAAAUUUCAUUCCUCUCUAGAACCUUUGGUUGAUAUACUGAACAUAGACCUUAACAUAGAUCUAGAGCUGAAAGGGAUUUCAAAGGUGAAGCCGCCUCCUCCAGUUACCCUGCCUCACGCGGGGGGGGAACUGAGGGUCAGAGAGACUGGAUGGUUUCUCUAAGAUCACACGGGUGAAGGGCCUGUGAAUGAGGCCCUCGGCCCCAGAAGCUCCUGCUCUGUCCACUCUCGGGGCUUAGUCCAUCCCCUGCCUUUUACAGAUGAGAAGACUGAGGCCAGAAGCAGGGAAAUGACUAGCCUGAGGAUGCAGAUGGUUAGGGGCUGAACUUAAGUCAUCAACAGUCUUUCAGUCUCAUUUUAUCUGAGGGGAAAAAGCCUAAACCUACAAGAGAUGAUAUUCCCCUUUUACUAGUACACAAAUGCUGUUUUUUAUUCAUGUAAUUUAAAUGCAGCAUGUCAUUGUAAUGGUACUGGAUAAUGUUUGUGUGACCACUUCUACAAUAAAAAUUUGUUACUUUGAAUGUU